AUGAAGCAGAGGGGGGGCCUGGCAGCGGGUGGAGCCGUGCCUCUCUGGGAGCGUACACUGGUGUCAGGCCUGGGCUCCUGGCUGCUUGUAUGUCAUUCAGGCGGAGGCGCUGCAGAGACUGCCCCGUCUCCCGGGCUGUGGGCCAGGGCACGGGAUGAAGUGGGGGGUGCAAAGCCCAGCGCCCCCACUAAGCGGGCUCGCGACUCCAGGUCUUCAUGCUUUCACUGCACGGCUCUGGUCCGACCCUCCGCCCAGCCUGCCGCUGUCUUGACCACUAAUGACGCUUUAAGUAUGCAGAGAGAGAGAAGGCAGCCGCUGACGGCUCAGAAGGGUCUGGCCUCACAGCCAGGUGUCCUGGCGCUCCCGGUGGAUGCCAGCGACCUCACAGGGCACAGCCUCAGACAGACCACUCUGUGCGGUCCCAGCCUGCCAGACUCCCAGUGGGGCCAGUGGGUGGCCAGCAUCUGCACGGGGGAUUCAGGGCCACAGGCGGAGGCUGGGGACAUGGGUCCUCCAUCAGGUGGGUACCUCCUCCUACAGCCCCAGGCUUGGGACCCUGAGCAGCUGCUGCGGCGGUGGCAGCGGUGCCCACUCCCCACCAGGGACUCUGCCCCCGCACAGCCCCGUGGAGGCUUCCCGUGCUGCCUCUGCCAGCUGCUGGGGCACCUGGGCAGCCCCUGCUCGUGUCUGACACUGGGCCCCAGGAGAGCCCGGUAUAAUAGAGACCCGGGCCGUGAGCUCAGACCCGCGGAGGCCGGAGGAAGCGCCUGGGGCUCCCUCUUCCCGGGCCAGGCGGGGAGAGGGGGCCCCCAGCCCCGCGUCCCCGACCCGGCAAUGGCGGGCGAGGCCCGGGCCGGUGGGGACACGGCGCUGCGCCGCCUCCUGAGGCUGCACCGCACGGAGAUCGCCGUGGCCGUGGACAGCGCCUUCCCGCUGCUGCACGCGCUGGUCGACCACGACGUGGUCCCCGAGGACAGAUUCCAGGAGACGCUGCGUCUGAAGGAGAAGGAGGGCUGCCCACAGGCCUUCCACGCGCUCCUCUCGUGGCUCCUGACCCAGGACACGGCCGUCAUCCUGGACUUCUGGAGGGUUCUCUUCAAGGACUACAACCUGGAGAGAUACAGCCGGCUGCAGCCCAUCCUAGACAGCUUCCCCAAAGAUGUGGACCUCAGCCAGCCCCGGAAGGGGAGGAGGCCCCCGGCUGGCCCCAAGGCCACCGUGCUGCUGCCCAGGCCCCCCACCAAGAGGAAGGCUCUGGAGGAACCGAGGGCCACCCCGCCAGCAGCUCUGUCCCCGAGGGGCACCUCCAGCCCAGGCUCCCAAGCCAAGGCCAAGCCCUCCAAGAAGUCAGAGAGCAACGCAGAGCCACAGCGCCUCCCGCUGGGCAACGGAAUUCAGACCAUGUCCGCUUCGGUCCAGAGAGCCAUGGCUGUGUCAUCUGGGGACGUCCCAGGAGCCCGCGGGGCCGUGGAGGGGAUCCUCAUCCAGCAGGUGUUUGAGGCAGGCGGCUCCAAGAAGUGCAUCCAGGUUGGGGGGGAGUUUUACACUCCCAGCAAGUUUGAAGACCCCGGUGGGGGAAAGAACAAGACCCGAAGCGGCAGCCUGAAGACCCUGGUUCGAGCCAAGGGGACCCAGGCUCCUGCCCCUGGUGGAGGCGAUUCGAGGGCAGGCCAGCCGGACAGGGCCCCGGGCCCCCCUGCCCUCCCCAGUGAGCCCCAGCUGCACCAGAAGAACGAGGACGAGUGCGCGGCGUGCGGGGACGGCGGGGAGCUCCUCUGCUGCGACGGCUGCCCCCGCGCCUUCCACCUGGCCUGCCUGACCCCGCCGCUGCACCGGAUCCCCAGCGGGACCUGGAGGUGCCCCAGCUGCCUCCAGGGAAGAGCCCAGCAGGAGCUGCCCCGGGCUGAGGAGCCCCGGCCCCGGGAGCCGCCUGCAGAGACCCCGGUCCUCCUGGCACUGAGGUCAGCGGGAGAGGAGGCGAGGGGACCUCCCAGGGAGCGCCCCGCUGGAAUGGAUGUUGCAGUCACCUACAAGCACCUGCUGGCCUCACCUCCUGCAGCCCCCCCGCUUGUGCUGGACCCCUCGGCCCUGCACCCCCUGCUGUGUGUGGGCCCUGAGGGGCAGCAGGGCCCGGCGCCCGGCGCGCGGUGCGGGGUGUGCGGGGACGGCGCGGACGCGCUGCGGUGCUCACACUGUGCCGCCGCCUUCCACUGGCGCUGCCACUACCCCGCCGGCGCUGCCCGGCCCGGGGCCGCCCUGCGCUGCAGAUCCUGCUCCGGAGACCCCGCCCCGGCCCCCGGGGAGGGGGCGCCCGCCGCGAGUCCCGCCCCGAGCCCCGCGGGGGACAAUUCUGCUGCUCAUGAGCCGGUUCUGCACAGGGAUGACCUGGAGUCCCUCCUGAGUGAGCACUCCUUUGACGGCAUCCUGCAGUGGGCCAUCCAGAGCAUGUCCCGCCCGGUGGCCGAGGCGCCCACCUUCCCCUCCUGA